AUGCUUAAAUAUAAUCAAUUUGAGAUUAUAGCACUGCUUAUUUUAGAAAAUUAAAAAGAGAAAGUGAAUGAUAGCAAUUCUCCUUAAGAAAAAAUUAAUUAUGGUAUUUCAUAAAAUAUUUAUGAUAAAUAUCAUCAAGAAAAAUAUUUAAAAUUAGGGAUGAAAGAUGGCGAUAUAAAAAAGGCUAAAUAUGUAGAGGAAUUAUCAAUAGAUGAAAUCAUUAAUUUUUAUUAUUAAUUGUACAUCAAAAAUCAUGUUGAAAAAAUAGAAGAUCCAAAUACAGCCUAUUUGUAUUUUGAUACAUUAGUGAAUUUAGGAACUAAAAACUCAACCCUUUUUCUAUAGAAAGUUUGCAAGACAAAAAAAGAUGGAGUUAUUGGGAGGAAAAUAAUUUAAAUGGUGAACAGCAUGAAUUAAAAAGAUCUACAAAAUGAACUUAUUUAAGAAAGAAUUCAAUUUUUAAAGGAUGCUAUAAAUAAAAAUCCUUAAAAGUAAAGAUAUUAUGAAAAUUGGAUUUCAAAUCUGGAUUAAUUAAAGGAAUAGAUUGACAAAGGACUAAUACCUGAAAACGAAUAAGAAUAAUCUGAAGGCUAAUCAGAAUUAUAAAAAAAUGUGUUGUAAUACAGAGAAGAAAUAGAAUUCGAAAAAAAGAUUAGAGGAAUUAAUUUCCGUUCAAUGAAAUUCCUAAUAGAUGUUUAAGAAGAUAUACAUUUGACCGAUUUAGCGACAGCAUUAUUAGUUUUAAGUGAUCCAAAUUUAUCAAAGGAAGAAAAGAUAAUCAAAUUUAAUUUAGUUCCUGUUCUUUCUCUAAACAAAGAGGCUGUGUCUUAAUAAGAAAAACUUUAUUGGCCUGAUGAAUUUGUAAAGAGAAAUCUAAUCUAAGAUACUGAAUUUGCAAGAGUGAUGUUUGAAAGUAGUCAUUUAUUGCAAUAAAUAAGUUUGGGAAUUUCUGCAGAUGGCAAAACUCCUUUUAAAUAUCCAAAAGAAUUAGAAUUAUGCGGAUUGAAAUCAUAUUACAAUUUUGGUAAAAUGAAUGGGUCUUAGAAUCUAUAUAAAUUUAUGCUAUAUCCAUAUAAAUGUGUUUAUANAAAUUAUAAAUAAUAUCAAUUUCAACAUAAUUUAGAAUAUAUUUUGUUGUCAAUUUGUAAAAUUUUAUAAGGUAAUUUUUAAUUGUAUUUUUGA